AUGGGAUCAAUUGUUCGUGGUCCUGGUGGUGGAACGGGUUCAGCGUGGCUCAGUCCGCCAUACUCGGCAUACACGCCUGCACGACGCAGGCUCAUACUGGCCAUCGUUACCAUUGCGGGAUUCUUCGGUCCCCUUUGCGGCGCUGUAUACCUUCCUUCCCUGGUUCUGUUCCAGGAUGUCUUUCAUACUUCGGCGACCGUUAUAAACGCAACAGUGUCAGUGUAUAUGGCAGUCUUUGCUGUAGCACCUCUCUUUGGUGCUGCCGCUUCUGACUUCGGAGGUCGCAAAACCGUUUACAUAGUCGGUCUUGGAAGCUUUCUAAUAGCCAAUAUCUUACUAGCGACCUUGCCUGCUAACAUUGGCCUCUUGUUCGUUCUCCGAAUCUUUCAGGCAUUCGGAUCUUGCAUCGUCUUCUCUGUGGGCGCGGGUACUGUAGCGGACAUCACCGAGCCAAAGAGACGAGGUGCUGCACUCUCUUGGUUUCUACUUGGGCCCCAGCUAGGUCCUAUCUUGGGACCCUUGAUUGGUGGCCAGUUUGCUCAUGUUGCACGCUGGCGUUGGGCUUUUGGAUUCUUAGCAUUGGCAUGCUUUCCACUUUAUCUUCUCAUCCUCUUCUGUCUCCCCGAGACACUACGCUCGCUCGUAGGCAAUGGGGAAGCUUUAACUAAAAAGCCGUGGUUCUUCUUGCCCAAGUUCCGCCAAAUGCCCAUCGAAGACAUCGACGGCAAGAAAUUCCCCAAGCCUCCGCGACCAACCCUCAAAAAGUUCCUACAUCUCCUCGCAUACCCUCCCCAUCUCAUCGUCAGCAUCAACGGUGCCCUUCAAUUCGCAGGCCUCUACGCCAUCUACAUCACCUUCCCCAAGGUUUGGCAGAAAGAGUUCGGGUUCUCCACCCAAGAAGUCGGCUACGCAUUCCUUGUCCCAGGCUUUGCCCUCUUCGUCACAUCCAUCGCCGUCGGUCGGAUCUCCGACGCCAUGCGCGCAAGGGCAAUCCGCAACUCACCCAACGAUAAAGUUGUCCCUGAGCGACGUAUCCCCAUCCAGAUCGUCGGUUUCGUCAUCGCGUGUGUGGGUAAGUUGAUGUACGGAUGGUUUACCAAGUACCGCAUCAACGCUGCGGGUGGCUUGUUCGGAUCUGCGUUCGCGGCUGUCGGCACGAGUAUCAUCUUCGUUACUAGCACUUCGUUCCAGACCGAAUGCGAUCCUUCGCAGGCUGCAAGUCUCGUGGCGCUUGGAGGAUUGCUGAGGAACAUUGCUGCUGCGAUUGGAGCUGUCAUCAUGGAUGAGCUUGUCAAGAGGAUGGGGUAUGGAUGGUGCUUCACUGGGCUGGCGGCUCUCGAUAUUUUGUGCAUCCCUGGUAUCAUUCUAAUCAUGAUCAAGGGUGCCAAGUUCAGGGAACAAUUGAACCAAAAGAUGAAGGCCUGAUUGUGGAAGGAUUGUUACGAUUAUUUUUGUUGCUUGUGGCGAGCAUUUGCAUAGCGAUGGCG